GUGGGUCUGUCUUAGUCUAGCGAGCUAGGUUCGUUUAGGAAAUUUAUUGGAUUUAGUUUGCACAGCUGCAACUCCUUUUUGCCUCCGUACGGCUAACAUCCAGCGCGCCACUGUAUGCAAUUAUAACCUUGACAGUUGAACAAUGACAUAAAACGAAGAUUCAACUCAGCAGGACUGCCGAGAACGCGCGCGCCGUGGGAUGGCCGAGAGACUGCGGACGGGGGCGCUCGCACAGCACUUGUCGUGAUUUCUGAGCUCGCGUGUAUGACUGACCAGGGAUCGUUGCCUCCGACUUCCCAAACUGCUCCACUCCUCUUGGUCGACUCGACUCCCGAGUCCCGCGUGCUUAACAAGCAAUGCUCGAGAAGGAGACGUUGUCUAGUUCCACUCAGUCUUUGUCGGACUCGGAGUCUGGGGUACCGUCAAGCAAAGAUGGUGAGAAGGACUGCCAAACGAGCGGUGAAGAAGGAGACGUGUCACAAAACGAAGACGAGGAGGAGGAGGAUCGAUCGUCUGUACAAAAAACGACUCUAGAUCUGACAGAAAUUCCUCACCAGUCGGUUAAUUCCGUCGACGCACAUGGGGUCACGUCAGUGUGUGUGGAGAACGGCAAUGUCGAUAAUGAUUCAACUUCAAGGCUCAACUUGCUGCUAGACGAAAACUCAUCGUCUGCAGGGCCUCAGGAAAGCGGAAUACAGUCCUCUCAGCCUGACUAUGAAUCCACGUUGGAAAAUGCCACGCCACCACAAGCGGAGCCAGAGCAAACACAGAGUCUACCUUCUCCCGUUGCUUUUCCCAAAUUACAAAUACCGGAAUCGAAUCUAGACCAACCCGCCCUACUCGUAUCAUCUCCUAGCAGUCCACAACGUCCACUUACACCUCCGUUUCCCGAAGACUCAGAACCUCGCCCAGCUCGAAACUCGACACUGCUAUUUGAGCCUGUUGAUACCGGCCGUGACAUUUCGUUACCGCCGACUUCUAUAUAUGAUGCGAGGCGGCAUUCGACCGUUGCUUUGAAUUCGAUGACAGAAGCAAACGAAUUGCUGGAACCUAUACAGUUUCCGGAACAACGACGGUUUUCGCUCAUUGAUCCAGGGCCUAUUACUAGCCUUGGAGCAGGGCGAAGAACUAUCUCGGAUGUUGGCCUUGACGGUUUCCUACCCCCUAUGCGGAGGCGCUCGCCUCUAAGCUAUGCUGCCGGAAAUGCGAACUCCGCAUCCGUACCGACAUCGCGGUCGCCUUCGCGCCCCGUAUCAGCAAGGUUCUCCACCUUUGAUGAGAUGGGGAUACAAAGCUUCGCUAUGGAUAAGGGCGAGAAAACGGUGGACACGAUGACAAAGCGGAAGAAGGAGCUGAAAGCAAAAGAGAAGAGGCUGACCCGGAACGUGCUGAGGAACGGGGAAAGUCAGAGGACUUCGGAAGAGACAACGAGCACAUCCGAUGAUAUGUCGGACGGGCUGCGAAUGCCAAGCACGAAUGCAGGAUUGCCAGAGGCAGAUAAUUCUGUUGAAAUAGGUGAUGGGAUGGAGAAGACAGACUCGAAAGGGAAGCAUGGGAAGACAGGCGUGUUGGCUAAGCGCAGACACAAGGAAUGCAUAAUUAUGUGAACUUUUUUUCUCUUGCUGCGUUCUUGCACUCUCGUUUCCAUCCACGUGAAGUGUCAACGAUUUAUCUAUUUUACAGUUUACUUGCACUUACAGACAAUUUGUUUUCUUUGGCUAACCUGCACGUUGCAUAUGGAGUAUAUAUAAUUG